AUGCAGUCCCGGCCUGUGCCGGAGGAAGACUACAGGGCCUGGCGGCCCUCGCGGUGCUCCCCAAAGGCUACUGCCGCCAUUCACCGUACAAUCCCAGACGCCCAGAGGAAGGCCUUGCGUGGGGGCCUCAACCCUCCCAAGGGGCCAGGUGCCCGAGUCGCAGCGACGCGGCCCUUCACCGUUUGGUGCAUCUUGGCCACCAUCGCGCAGUCAGUCAACGACCCUCCACGUUCACCAGCACGAGGGGGACACGGGGCCGGGGGCGCAGACCCAAGAUGUCCUCGGACGCCGGCUUCGUGUCCUUCGCCCUCCUUCCCCGCCCCGAGUGGCGCAGUGAGGCGCGGGCGCGGCGCCCCCAGCCCGCCGCCGCAGGAGGAGGAAAGCGGAGAGAAAAGGAAAGGGAAAGAAGCUGCGUUGGCCGCGUCUCCGGUGCCCGCCGGCAGCUCCGGAGCGAGGCGGGAGGCGAGAUGCGCUUGGGUUCCCAGUGGCCCUCCAGUCUCACCCGGAAACCACAAAACUCUGCGGGGUUUUUUCCUAUACCUUACUCAACUUGGAUGCCUACUCAAACCAAAAACAGCCCAACUCAAAAGCGGGCAAAGACUUGGACAGACCUCUCUCAAAGGAAGGUGUGCAAAAAGGAGUGACAAGCACGCGGAGAGAUGCCCGGCAUUGCUCAUCAUUAGGAAAGUGCACAUCGAGAUCACAGCGAGAGACCUCUUCGUGUCCAUCGGGAUGGCUGCCCCAAAGGCCAACAACAAACAACAGAAAAUAAGCUCUGGUGAGGGUGUGGAGGAACGAGAAAAUGUGUGCCCGGCCGGUGGGAAUGCACACUGGUGCAGCCGCUGUGGAGAACAGCGCGGCCGUUCCUCGAAAAGUCCUGUAGGAUUCUCCUAGGAACCAGUGGUCCCGGUUCUAGGUGGGUACACACAAGAACGAAGGCCAGGGUCUCAUGUGUUCACACACGUGUACAACGUGCAUGGCAACACUCAUGAAAUCGAAACGGCGGCAGUAACUCAAAUGCCCACUGAAGGAUAAACGAGGUACAGGCACCUUGAAAAAGAAAGAAAAGCUGACACCUCCUAUAGCGUGGACGACCCUGGAGGACAUGGCGCUGAGUGAAAUGAACCAGACGCAGAGGGCCAAAUAGUGUUGGGUUCCCCCUC